AUGAGCAGGACCCCGCGCACAUCCGAUACACCACAGAAUCUCACGGUGCCUUCGUCCCCAGCAAUUCCGCUGCAAGAUCUCGAACACCACGAAUACGACGAGAAUGGCAGGCCAGUGCGGACAGGCGGGCCAGCUGCCCGCCAGACUCACACUGGCCUCCCGCCCGUCACGACAUAUUGGGACGCCUCAAACACACCACCAAGGGCGGGACAGGGACAAGCAGAUGUCUCGCCCGUCUCGCCACUGGACGUCGCGGGGCUACAGUUUGCACUGCCCCCAGACAUACGACCUCCGGGUGCAGACUUUCUGCACGGCGGCACAUCUGGCCCAAGUCCAUAUACCAGAGCAUCGUCGUACUACGAUGACACUGCCCACGUUGACCUCGAUGAGUCUGACUCAGCGCCAUUGACGAGGACAGCCCAGCCUAUAUCUGGAUCUCUGGCCGCACCGGACACGGACACACACCCAAGGAACAGCUUCCAGACCGUGUCGGAUCUUGGCAACAGCCCGGGGAGACCACGCUCCAGCAACAUGUUGGGCUUCGACCUCGAACCUGGUUCCGAGUCGAGGCACCGCAGUUUCCUCUCCCCGGGCGACAACCGCGCUUCGCGUGCCGCUGUGACUGCGGAUGCCAUUUUCAGGGCUGGGUCCAUAGUUAGGGCAAUGUCCCAGCGAGUUGUCAACAUCAGUGGAGAGCAAGAGACGUUUGAGGAGCGUGAUCGUAGAGCGCGGUCACGAAGCCCGAGUGCCGAUGGCCGCCGUCCCUCUGCAACGUCGGUCCAAAUGGAGACCGAUACAUCCUAUCAAUCGCAAUACCCUCCGAAAUCUCCAAUCGAGAAGCGAAAACCGAGUUGGGUGUCAGAGGAGGCCCCUCUGCCGCCUCCCCGACGAGGCCCAAUGGCAAACCCUUUAAAAGGCCAAUCUUUGGGUGUAUUCGGGCCCGAGAAUCCCAUCCGCAAGAAGCUUUGUGAUUUGCUCGUCAACCCCCUGACAGAACCUCUCAUCCUGGUACUCAUCGUCGUCCAGGCAGUUUUGCUUGCAGUGGAGUCGGCGAAUAAUGUCUUUUUGCCUGGUAAUGAGCGCCCGCCACGAUGGGAUCCGACAUCAGGAUUCAACUGGGCUAUAUUGGCACUCUUCAUCAUUUUCACACUUGAGAUCAUUGCGCGGAUCAUUGUCUCGGGAUUCAUCCUGAACGCAGCCGAGUACAGUUCAAUUGACCGGCAGAAGGGCGUGCGCGCGAUCAUCGCAGAUUACUAUAAUGCGUACUUCCGCCCUGACAAACAGAAGCCGGUCAAAGCUCCCGUGCAGCAAGACAAUUUCGGCCCUUCAACCUUCGCGCGCUCUUUCACCAUGAUGCAUGGACGUGAGAUCCCGGAAACGCUUGAGGAGGCUCAGAGAAUGCAGCUUGCUCGCCGAGCUUUCUUGCGGCAUGGGUUCAACAGACUCGACUUUAUUGCAGUCGUCUCGUAUUGGAUUACAUUCGUGUUGAGCAUUACCGGGCUUGAAGUGGCACACCAUAUUUUCAUCUUCCGCAUGCUCAGCUGUUUGCGCAUUGUGCGACUCCUGGCGCUGACCAGCGGAACCUUGAUCAUCCUCCAAAGUCUCAAGAAAGCAGCUCCACUGCUGGUGCGAGUAGCCUUCCUCAUUGGGUUCUUCUGGUUGCUCUUUGCUAUCGUGGGUGUACAGAGCUUUAAAUCCAGUCUUCGGCGUACUUGCGUCUGGGUAGAUCCAUCAAACCCUAACGACGUCGCAUCAUCAUACACAAACGGAGAAGGGUUCUGCGGCGGUUACUUGAACAAUGUCACCCUCGAGCCCAUGCCUUGGGUGAAGAGCAAUAGUCCUCUACCCUUGCAAACAUUCGACAAUCUUGUGGCAGGCACCAACAAGGGCAAAGGCUUCCUGUGUCCACGAGGAUCCAUAUGCUUGGAACAAGAGAGCCCCCACAACAACACCGUCAGCUUCGACGACAUUCUCCACUCAAUCGAACUGGUUUUCGUCGUCAAUAGUGCGAAUACUUGGUCAGAUCUGAUGUACAUGGUCAUUGCCUCUGAUUUUCCUCCAGCAGCACUUUUCUUUGGCGCCGGUAUCCUCAUUAUGAUGCUGUGGCUUACCAACUUGAUGAUUGCCGUUAUCACUUCAUCUUUCCAAGUCAUCAGAGAAGAGAACAAGACCAGUGCUUUCACGGCUACGGAGGAACCCCUGAUUCCCAUGCCUCAAGAGUUGCCGGAUGAGAAGAUGUCAGCCUUGAAGAAGGUAUACGAGAAGACCUCAAUAUUCUGGGUCAUAAUUAUCGUCGUUGACCUUCUUGCGCAAGCAUUUCGAUCGGCUCGCAUGGAUGGAGCUCGGGCCGCUGCCAUUGAUAACAUCGAGAUCGUGGCUACCAUUCUGCUGGACAUAGAGAUUAUCAUCAGAUUUGUCGCAGACUGGCGAGGAUUUCACCGAUACAAAGCAAACUUGUUCGACCUGCUCCUGGCUGUCGUCACGACCGUCAUCCUGCUCCCUCCAAUCCGGAAUUCAGGUGUUCCUUAUGAGUGGCUCACCGUCUUUCAGGUUCUCCGAAUCUACCGGGUGGUUUUGGCGGUUCCGAUCACUCGCAACAUGAUUUUGCAGGUGCUUGGAAACGCAUCUGGUAUCGCCAACCUUAUCCUUUUUGUCUGUCUGAUAUGUUUCAUCAUGUCAGUCUUCGCGUCGCAGCUCUUCCGCGGCGAGAUACCCUUGUUUGACGACGACGGAGAACUUAUUCGGAUAUCAUUCUACAACAUUUUCAACAGUUUUCUCGGGAUCUAUCAGAUCCUGUCGAGCGAGAACUGGACCGACAUCCUCUAUUCGGUGACGGCACAGACAACGGUGCUGGGCACGGCUUGGUAUAGUGCCAUCUUCUUCAUUGGCUGGUUCAUCUUCUCCUGGUUCAUUAUCAUCAACAUGUUCAUUGCUGUCAUUCAGGAAAACUUUGACGUGUCGGAAGACGAGAAACGACUUGAGCAGGUCAAGGCAUUCUUGCAGCGUAAGGAGCUCGGUAGCAGCAGCAAUCUCGCCUUGUCCGAGAUAUUUUCCUUCAAAAAGAGACGCCAGAAACGCGACCCCCUCGACUAUGGCCCGGCCACGAUGGAAAUGCUGCUGAACAACUCUAUUGUGCGCGAAUUUCUCGACGAGCAAAUGGGUCCGGCGCAAGGCGACGAUGAUGCUCACCACGACACGCAAUCGCCUGGCACACCAGGGCGGGCUGGUGGAAGCAACUUCUUCUCAGUACAGUGGAACAAGCUUAAGAAGAAAAUCUCCAACCGCGAGCCAAAUCCCUUCUACACAAAUCUCCGCUUCGACACGUCAAAGGAUGGGGUUGAUCCUCGGGAAAUGGCGCGUCAAGUCAUGAAUGCAGCGCAAACGCGCAGGAAGACACAGAGAGAGUAUCUGCGGAAGUACCCGACAUACAACACCACACUCUACCUCUUCAAGCCGUCAAAUCCUAUCCGCCGAGCUUGCCAACGCUUGGUUGGAAUUGGAAGGGGAAGCGAAAGAUUCGAUGGUGUCGAGCCGAACAAGAUUGCUUGGUACACUUUCUCGGCUUUCAUAUACGCCGCGAUCGUCGCCAUGGUUGUUCUAGCCUGUGUUACAACUCCCCUGUACCAGAAGAUCUACUGGCAGACCCAUCCUUUCGAGCCUAGCAACUGGUUUGUAUGGAUCGACACAGCCUUUGCCGUUCUCUUUACGGUCGAGGCAAUCAUCAAGAUGAUCGCUGAUGGUGUGCUCUUCACGCCCAAUGCGUACUAUCGGAGCUCUUGGGGCAUUAUUGACGGCAUUGUGCUCAUCACUCUGUGGGUCAAUGUCAUCACAUUAUUCACAAACAACGGGACGUCUACGCGCGUGGUUGGUGCUGUCAAGGCCCUCCGAGCUCUGCGACUGCUCAACAUCAGCAAUACUGCUCGAGACACAUUCCAUUCUCUGAUCAUAGUAGCGGGUUGGAAGAUCAUUAGUGCUGCGCUUGUCUCGAUGGCCCUGUUGAUUCCAUUUGCAAUCUAUGCCGUCACACUGUUCCGAGGGCAGCUCGUCAGCUGCAACGAUGGAAGCGUCGACGUGCUCAACGCCUGCUUUGGGGAAUUCGAAAGCACGCCCUUCAGCUCAGAUUGGCCAUUUCCAGCACCUCGAGUGGCUGCCAACCCGUUCUUUGACUUUGACGACUUUGGAUCUGCUCUCUUCAUAUUGUUCCAGAUUGUCUCCCAAGAAGGCUGGGUCGAUGUCUCCUUCGCGGUGCAGUCCAUCACUGGGCGCAACCUGCAGCCUCAAGACAUGUCUGUGCCGGGAAAUGCAGUCUUUUUCGUCGUAUUCAACCUCAUGUCAACGGUCUUCAUUCUGACUCUGUUCAUAUCGGUCUUUAUGCGCAACUACACAGAGCAGACUGGAGUUGCGUUCCUCACAGCAGACCAACGAUCAUGGCUUGAGCUCAGGAAGCAGCUGAAGCAGAUCUCACCUUCCAAGAGCUCGUAUGACGACUCGAAGCGCAAGUGGAAGAAAUGGUGCCAUAAGCGGGCCAUAGAGAAGCGCGGCAAGUGGUACACCACUGUCACUGUGGUUCUUGUGCUGCACUUGAUCCUUCUCAUGCUUGAGUAUUACCCAGAGCCGGACUGGUGGACCUUGACGAGGGAUGGCAUCUUUCUGGUCUUCACCUGCAUCUACAUUGGCAACAUUUCCGUCCGCAUCAUCGGCUUGGGCUGGGCUCGUUUCCGGAAGAGCUCGUGGGAUAUUUUCUCGUUGCUCGCUGUUGGUGGCGCGUUUGUGACAACCUCACUGCUGGUUCUUAGGAACCAAGUCCAGGCUGUCGAUCAGCUGCACAAAUUCUUUCUUGUGUCGGUUGUUCUCUUGCUCAUCCCCCGCAACGACGCUCUUGAUCAGCUGUUCAAGACGGCCGCAGCCAGUCUGACCACUAUUGUCAAUCUGUUGGCGACUUGGCUGGUUAUCUUUCUGGUGUUUGCCAUCGCCCUGACUCAGAGCUUUAGUCUUACACGUUUCGCCGGGGAAGAAAGCUUCUAUGUCAACUUCAGGACAGUGCCCAACGCCCUGCUUCUGCUCUUCCGCAUGUCGGUCGGAGAGGGAUGGAAUCAGGUCAUGGAAGACUAUGCUUCUCUCGAGCCACCGUUCUGCGUCGAUAGCUCCGUCUUUGCCGACACGGAUUGUGGCAGUAUUGGCUGGGCUCGGACUCUCUUCAUCGCAUGGAACUUGAUCAGCAUGUACAUCUUCGUCAACCUGUUCAUCUCGCUGAUCUACGAGAGUUUCAGCUAUGUGUACCAGCGCUCCAAUACCCUGGUCCACCUGAGCCGCGACGACAUUCGACGAUUCAAAGAGGCGUGGCGCAGCGUUGACCCCGCAGGAAGUGGCUAUAUCAGCAAAGAAGCCUUCCCGAGGUUGCUGAGUGAGCUCUCGGGCGUAUUUGAGAUGCGUGUCUAUGAUCCUGAUGAUUCAGUUGGAAGGAUCCUCGACGAUGUCCGAGAUGAGCGUCCAAUUUCGAGACACUCUUCCAUCGUGACUACGAGUGCAUUGACAGGUGUCAAUCUGGAAAAGCUCAACGACCGUCUGAAUCAGAUUGACAGACGGCAGGUGCAGGAGCGCCGGCGACGAUUCCGCAUGUUCUAUGAGGAGGUGAUGGUCUCCGCUGACAUUGACAACGGCAUCUCGUUUUCGGAUGUGCUCAUGAUUCUCGCGCAUUACAACCUCAUCAACGAGUCCAAGAGUCUGAGACUCGAGGAGUUCCUCCGACGUCGAGCACGGAUGCAACGUGUUGAGGAAGAGUUGCGUCGACGGACUGUCCAGGGCUUCUUUCACACAGUGUACUGGUCUCGUCAAUUCAAGAAGCACAUUGAGAAGAAGCGCGCUGCUCGCAUGACGGCAAUUCCUCAACUUGAUGUGCCCGACAUCCUGGUUGAUGAUGAAGAGGACAGAAAGAGGGGGCCAACACAAGCACAGCGAGCCACAAUGGGGGGCCCGCUCACUGCAAGCGACAUGCCGCCGGCCUUCCUCGCCGCGGCCGAUGCACUGCGCGGACCGCAUCAGAGCUGGGCGCCAGGGACCGACAUGUCUUCGGUUCCGAGCUCUUCUUCUCAUCCUUUGAGCCUUCCACGCUCCCCACCGUCGAUGCCACGACACCAGUCACAAAACUCGGCAUUCAGUUUUGAGAUACAGGAUUCGACCUCGACCACCGGCGCAGCCGGCGGCGGUGGCGGAUCUGCUCCAGGCAGCGCAAGCGGGUCUGCGCAUAACAGCAGACACAACAGUAGACACAACAGCACAGCGGAUGCUUCGCAGGUCCCCCAGCUGCUUGACGACUCUAUCUGGGUCGAGAGUAUUCGUCGCGGUGCGACAGUGCGCAAAUCGCAGCGGCGGUCAGACUGGGGUGCUUUCAGAUGA